GCUGCAGUCAAGACAAGUCUCUGUUUCUCUCUGAAAGAAAACUCAAACUGACUUCAUCAGGUCUUUCUCAACAACACAGCAGAGUCUCUGCCAAACACUGAUAUGGCUGCUGCUGCAAACUAUCUGCCAUCUGAAGAUCAGUUUCUGUGCUCCAUCUGUCUGGAUGUGUUCACUGAUCCUGUCACCACAUCAUGUGGACACAUCUUCUGCAAAAAUUGCAUCACUGAACACUGGGAUGCUAAUGACCUGUACCUGUGUCCAAGGUGUAAAAAGGUUUUCAACAAAAGACCUGAGCUGCACAUCAACACUAUGUUCUCUGAGAUGGUUGCUCAGUUCAGAGAGUCAGCUCAACAGAAAGCCAGCAGCAGCAGCUCAGAGCAACAAGUGUCCAAACCAGGAGAAGUUCCCUGUGACUUCUGCACUGGAACCAAACUGAAGGCCCUGAAGUCCUGCCUGGUGUGUCUGGUCUCCUACUGUGAGACUCACCUGGAGCCUCAUCUGACAAUGUCAGGCCUGAAAAGACAUCAGCUGAUCGACCCUGUGGAGAACCUGGAAGGCAGGAUGUGUACGAAACACGAUAAACCUCUGGAGCUGUUCUGUAAGACCGACCAGACAUGUGUUUGUAUGCUCUGCACUGUUUUAGACCACAAGAUGCAUGAUGUUGUUCCUCUGAAAGAAGAAUAUGAAGGAAAGAAGGUCGAGCUGGGGAAGACAGAGGCUGAAAUUCAGCAGAUGAUCCAGAAGAGACGACUGAAGAUUCAGGAGAUCAAACACUCAGUCGACCUCAGUGAGGAAGAUGCAGACAGAGAGAUAGCAGAAGGUGUUCAGGUCUUCACUUCUCUGAAGGAGUCUGUUGAGAGAGGCCUGAAUGAGCUCAUCAACACGAUCAAAGAGAAGCAGAAAACAACAGAAAAACAGGCUAAAGCUUUCAUCAAACAGCUGGAACAGGAAAUCUCUGAGCUGAUGAAGAGAAGCACUGAGGUGGAGCAGCUCUCACACUCUGAAGACCACCUCCAUCUUCUCCAGAGUGUCCAGUCCCUAAACAUCCAACAACCUCUACCCACCAAGGACUGGACAGAGGUCAGCGUCCAUCCAACAUCAUAUGAGGGGACUGUGGUGAAAGCUGUGGCUCAGCUGGAGGAGACACUCAGUAAAAAGAUGAAGAAGCUGAUUAAAGCUGAGCUGAAGAGGGUCCAGCAGUAUGCAGUGGAUGUGACUCUUGAUCCUAAUACAGCACAUCAUAGUGUCAUCCUGUCUAAUGAUGGGAAACAAGUGAAUCUUGGUGAUAUGAGAAAGAAUCUCCCAGACAACCCAGAGAGAUUUUCUCUCAAUCCCUGUGUUUUAGGAAAGCAGAGUUUCUCUUCAGGCAGAUUUUACUUUGAGGUUCAAGUUAAAGGAAAGACUAAAUGGGAUUUAGGAGUGGCCAGAGAGUUGAUCAACAGGAAGGUAGAUAUCAUACUGAGCCCUGAGGAUGGUUACUGGACUAUAUGGUUGAGAAAUGGAAAUGAGUACGAAGCUCUUGAUGACCCUUCAGUCCUUCUCUCUCUGAAGUCUCCUCCUCAGAAGGUGGGGGUGUUUGUGGAUUAUGAGGAGGGUCUGGUCUCCUUUUAUGAUGUAGAUACUGCAGCUCUUAUCUACUCCUUUACUGGCUGUUCCUUCACUGAGAAACUCUUCCCAUACUUCUGUCCCUGUAGUAAUGAAGAUGGUAAAAACUCUGCCCCUCUGAUCAUCUCUCCUGUCAGAGUAAACUAAUCACUUAACUUUGAUUUAUUUUCAUUAAGGGAAACAAAUCUUAAUAAUUAGUUUAGCUCUUAUUUUCUAUCUUUUUAAUGUGUUGAUUGAUAUACACUUAAUUUUUAAGACUUGUUUAAUUAUAUGUAUUCCAUUACAUAUUCAACAAAUUCAUUUAAUGCAUUCAUCUCUUCAACACUGCAUCAGAAUAUCUAUUUUUAAAAACCUCUGUUAAAUCCACAGACAUUUAUUUUAACUUCCAGAAGAAAUCGGUUUCUAAAGACACCUUCAUUUACGAGUAAGUCUGCAUCCACAAAAAUUGCAGGUCUUUCAUUACAUAUUGAAUGGAGGUAGUGGGUUACCGCAGGGGACGGAAAAAACGCAGCGGGCCUGUGUCUAAAAUUUUGAGACCGACUCAACUUUUGGAGAAGCGCAACCCUGUGUCACACUGCAGUAGCCAAUCAUGUAACAGAGAUCAGACUUGUCAGAGUAUGUUGAGGUGGUGUGAGAGUCCCAAUCAGGAAACAGGAAACACUGCCUCUAUCGCUGCCACGAGAAUGUUUUUAAACCCCAAACACAAGCUCUGAACUGCCUGGGAGUUUGGGGAACAGUUGACUGUUUCCUCAGUCCCUCCGUCAGUCCCUCCAAAUGUUUCCUGCAACAACAAAGCACUCGCUAUAUCUCGCUCAUCUCUUUUCUUUCUCUCUUUUUCCGGGAAAUAAAGAUGCCUUCAAGUUCA